CGUAGGCUCUCGAGCAUUUGUUAACAGGAAGAGACAAUGUGGCUGCAGCAGCGACUGAAGGGGUUGCCAGGUUUGUUGUCAAGCAGCUGGGCGAGAAGACUCCUCGUUGGUGUGCUGCUCUUCCUUAUCUUCUACUGGUACCUUGGGGCGGAGCGCAGAUGGUCACCUUUUAGCAGCUCGUCCAUGCCUGGUGGGGCGGCUGGACAGUGCUUAUUGGCUGAAAUCCACAGGUGGAAGUCACUCGUAGAGCGAGGAGAGGCAAUAUACAGCACGCCUCUAGAACCGCUGGACACACCUUUUGUAUCAGGUAAUGGUCAUAUUCUGCUUGACAUCGACUCUAACAAACUGUGGGUGGCUUCAUCCUCUAUGGCUGGUUCAGCACCGGUCCAUCAGACUGAAUAUUCACCUAGAAUUGGUGUUCAUCUAGCGGGAAAGAGAACAGAGGUGCAGGCCAGUAUGCUGUGGUUCAGAAAAGGAGCUGUGCUUUCAGUCCGCUGUGCUCUGCAGUCAACCCGGGAUUGUGUCACCAUUAGAGAGGAGUUUAUCGCACACAGGAGCAGAUCCAAUGUCUACCUGCAGAGGAUUCACAUCAACAACCCAACUGACACAGAUGCUACUCUGGAAAUUUCUUAUGACAAUCCCUCUUUUGGUAGCAAGUUCUCCAGUUCAGUGGAAAAGCUAGAUGAGAGAGAAAUAUUGCUGUCUUCCGGAAGAGUGCCCCUGGAGAGUAACCGGAUGGUGCUGGUGGUGGUGGUCACCAAGAAGAUAAACAGCAGGAUUCAGGUCUCCGCAAAGUCUGAGUACAUAGACAACAUUCUGUCAGUGGUCUGGACGUCUAACCCUAUUGACACAUCCAUGCUAGAAGAGACGUUCAGUGCUCUAAGGGAAGGAGCCAAACAGGAAAUGGAAGAGCUGCUGAGAGCCAGUACUGAUGAGCUGGUGAUGUCUCACCAGCAGGCUUGGAUGGACCUCUUCAUUUCAGGCGUUGAAAUGAGGAAGAUCACAGACUCCCACACACCAUCCAGCCGCACAGUGAACACCACUCUGUACUACAUCAUUUCCUCCUCUGCGGCACCUCUGCUGGACCAAAGGCUGGGCAGUGAUGAGCGUGCACGACUCGAAUCCAGCCUCAACUACGCCGACCACUGCUUCAGUGGCCACGCCACCAUGCAUGCAGAGAACCUCUGGCCUGAGCGUGUGAGCAGCGCUGCGCAGAUCCUGCAACUGGUUACACUGUGGACCCUUACUCUGCAGAAGAGAGGCUGCAAGGUGCUGGUGGCAGCUGGGGCCCACGGAGCCAUGCAGGGCAUGGUGCUUAGCUUCGGAGGUCUCCAGUUCACAGAAAACCACCUUCAGUUUCAGGCUGAUCCAGAUGUACUUCACAACAGCUACGCCUUAAGAGGAAUCCACUACAACCAGGACCUCAUUAACCUGGCAGUCCUGCUGGAUGCAGAGGGGAAACCGUUUCUUCACGUGUCAGUGAAGCCCCAGGAGGAGCCGGUGAAGCUCUACGCCUGUGAGGCAGGCUGCCUCAAUGAGCCUGUGGAGCUGACAUCAGAAGUCAAAGGUCACACCUUCCCUGUGAUGGUGACUCAGCCCAUCACACCACUGCUUUAUAUCUCCACAGACCUGCGCCACUUGCAGGACCUGCGCCAUACGUUGCACCUCAAGGCCAUCCUGGCCCACAAGGAGCACAUGGCGAUCAGGUACCCGGGGCUGCCCUUCCUCUUUUGGUUCAGUGUGGCGUCUCUCACUACGCUCUUUCACCUGUUCCUCUUCAAGCUCAUAUACAACGAAUAUUGUGGCCCUGGAGCCAAGCCACUCUUCAGGAGCAAGGUAUAAAAACGAUGGCAAACAGGAGCUAGAAAAAAACUGCACACUGAUCAUUUUUGGUUUUUGUCUUUUUGUGUGUGGUGGCAAAGAAAUUCCUCUUCCUCUUUUUUUUUAGUUUGGACUUUCCUCUUCUCUCGGUGGGUGACCUUUUCUUUUCACAUCUCAUGUCCUAUCUUGGCUUGUCAUAGGACACAAGCCUUACACAUACAAAACUUCUCUUUUUUUUCUACUACAGAUGUUUCCCCCAAGCGAAAAGUGAGCAAUGAAAAAAAAUCCAAAAAGUACCGGUGUGAAAGUAGCACUUAUUGAAAAUGAGAGGCUUAAAGUCAGAAUCAGCCACCUGCUCCUCUGCACAGCAUCCAUGUGUGAAAUGUAAAGCAUUUGUUGAUCACAGUAGAAGAAAUCAAGCACAAGAGUAAAUAUUUAAUUCUACCCAACCAGACAUUUGUUUAUUUUUUUUCUUGUUUGCUAGGAUUUGUACCACUUUGUGUCAUAUUCACAUUUUUUCCAAAGGACAGUUGUUUCACAUUAAAAAAAAUCUUACAUUUGCUAAAUUAUGGUAUUUUUAGAAGGUUAUGUGACAUCUAUUUUGUAUUUUAGUUUAAAGGUGCCAUCAAUGAUAACGUGUUUUGGAUAACUAACAAUCAGUUGGUGUCAUUUGCAUCCUCCUCGCCAUUUUCUGUCACCUUACGAAUGCAUUCGUCAGAGCCCGGUAUUCACUCAUUGACAAACAUCGUAAGCUCUUGGGGUAGUUCUAGCUCCUUAAUUUAUAAAAAAUAUAAAAUAUUUUUAUAAUUAGGCCCCAGCAUUGACAUCUUACUAAGUAAAAACCCAAACAAGAACUUAAACUUGUGUUCUGCCAGGUUUUUUUGGCUAGUAAAACUGGGAAGAUGUCAAAUUUCUUUUCACCGCAGGAGAAAAAAAACCUCUUUAAUGCAUGAAAGUUUAGGUCUGCUGUGGAACGCUACAGCUUCCCUGCAAGUGGUGCUAAAAGUUCUCAGCUUCUGCUGUCAUCUAAAAGGCCAACUUGUUUACAGAACAUAAACCCUCAGUGAACAGUGAAGUUAUUGGAACGCCUGUCUCUGAUCAGCAUGGGCCAUUUGCUCACUUUUCCUGCAACUUUUCAUCUUUUUUUCCUCAAAGUUUUAUUUCUGCCUUUCCGAUGAUGUUUUAUAAUGAACCACUUGAUUAAAUUAACAUUGAAUCUA